CGAACGGGACCCGAACCAGCCCCACGGGGGACCUCGAGAAACCCUAAACCCCGCCGCCGUUUCUCUUCCUCCCUCCCUCCCUCCCUCUUCCAAACCCUAACCCUAGCAUCGUUCUCUUACCUUCUUCCCCUCCUCCUCCAAUGGCGUCCACCUUCGUAAGAUCCGUGGCUCGCAUCUCUUCCUCUUCGAUCCGUUCUCGCGUCUCCAAUGCCAGCUCCGCCGCCGCGCGACCCUUCUCCCUCCCCGCCCCAUCCCCCUCCACCUCCGCCUCUUCGCGAAUCCGCCGCGUCGCGUUCGUCUCUAGAACGCCGGUGGAGCUGGGGAGCUGCGGCGGCGCAUCGCUGUUCCCUCUCCACAGUGCGGUGGCGGCGGCGCGGUUGACGUCGCGGCUGAGCACGACCUCGCGGAGCUGCAGAGCGCUUACACAGGGUAUCCUCUGUCGUACCUAUCCCGGACUUUAACGAUGUUGUUGUUAUGUCGCACAUGAAUUUGCUACUGCUUGAAAGAAAUAUUGGCGCUGCACAGAACCUUCAAGUAUGAUUGCCUUUAGACUAUUGGCUGUUACCUUGUGACUCAACAAUUUAGUUACCUUAUACAUCUGCAACUUUGUGGUUAUACAUGGAAGAAGAAAUUUGUUCAAAUUAAUCACAUUGAAAACAAUGGGAAUUCGUGUCAUUUUUUCAACGUUGAGUGUAUUUUUCUAAGCCUGACUGCAGAGCUGCCAUUUGUCCUCUAUUUUAAAAAAAAAUUUAGCCUUAAUGUAUCACCUUUGGGGUCGCUAGUUAUGUUUGUUAUCCUUGUGUAUUCUUGUUCUAUGAUAUUUUCUCUCUCAUCUUCUUCUCUUUCUGUCAACUGUUAUUCUCUUGUAUUUUAAUUGAAUUUCUCAUCAUAAUCUGUUGUUUUUCUGGAUUAAAGUUUCUAUUGAUACUUGUGUUUGUAAAUUGAGGAUGUAAAUUUAAAUGCAAAAUUACUAUGGAUGCUGGAUGCUGUAGAUAAUCGGGACUUUUUUUGGCCCGGUUGGAGCUUCUUGGGAA